AUGUCGUGCGGGGCGGAAUGCCUGUCUCUGGGUCCCCCGCCGGACUCCAUAGUGCACAUGCCGCCGCCCCCGCUGCCGGCCUUCCUAGCAAACAUCGCAAACCUCACGCCUCCCUGCAGAGCCUCUAAGUGUCCGCCAACACCGAACAGUGAAGAUAACGCUUUGUUCCCCGGCGUUGAAUAUCACGAAUUACCUAGACAUGGUAAGUUUGAGCCGGCCACCAACGAUGACACGUGGUUCCUGGUAAUCAUCACUUGUUGUAUCGCCGUCCUCUGCAUCGCAGCUCUGCUGGCGCUCUUCUUGCUCAAAUGUAGAGAAGCUCGUGGUGGCUGCAAAAGCGGAACCGGAAAAGCGAGCGGUUCAAACGCUCUCUACGGCAGCGCGGCGCUCGAUUCGCGCGUGCUGUGGGCGGCGCUCACUCCGCGCGGCACACGGCACUUCGUCGCAGACACCUACCCGCACGACGAGACCGAGGACCAUCACUACGAGUGUGUGGAACCACCAUUAUACAAGCUCGGACCGCCCGAGGACCUCACUAUCACGAGACACUUCAACGUCGAAUAUGAAGAUCCCGCCCCAUUAAUUGAAAGCUAUUCUGACAGAACGGAAGAGUAUUUCAGAAAUGGUAUCGAGACAUUGCGACGUGGCAACCGUCCGUUAGUUUCAUCUCCUACUAGAAUUGAAAGGCCCAAUCUCCCGCCAUUGAAUCUGCAACCGCGCACUCUCCGCCGCGCGCCACACUCGCGCCGCGUUAGUGAUGCGAACAAUUCAGAGAAAUCGGCCAUC